AUUGUUAUUUGUCAAUGUCAAAAUAUAUUUUUGUAGGUUGUGUGAAAUCGUAUAGAAUUUAUUAAAUAAUUUAUAAUUUCCUUACGGUACAUCGUUACUAGAUAGAUAUUUAUUCUGAUUCUUAGAUGCGUAAAUGAGGAAAACAUCGAUCGACUAAGUCACGACGUAAAACGACCGUACAUUGGUGUACAGAGUUGUACCUUAGUAUUGAACUAAAUUAGAGCCAAAAAUGGCACUGAAUUACGUCCGAAAUUUCACACGAGCUGCCUGCUCCAUUGGUAGUAAACCCAGCAAUAUCAAGAGACUGAUUAGCACCAGUAAACCCAUGAAAAUUGGUAUGAUACCGAUAGUUGUCGAGCAAACAGGCAGAGGUGAGCGCGCAUACGAUAUCUACUCUAGAUUACUUCGCGAACGAAUUAUUUGUCUCAUGGGACCUAUAAACGACGAGAUAAGCUCAUUGAUCGUUGCUCAGCUUCUGUUCUUGCAGUCUGAGUCUAGUAAAAAGCCCGUACAUCUUUAUAUUAACUCGCCUGGAGGCAACGUAACCGCUGGACUGGGUAUUUAUGAUACAAUGCAGUACAUAACUCCACCAGUAGCUACGUGGUGCGUUGGACAGGCGUGCAGCAUGGCGUCUCUCCUCCUGGCAGCUGGAGCAUCAGGCAUGAGACAUGCGCUGCCAAACUCGCGCAUCAUGAUCCACCAGCCCUCUGGAGGCGUUAGAGGACAAGCUACAGACAUACAGAUCCAAGCGGAGGAGAUAUUGAAGCUGAAAGCUCAGAUUAAUACAUUGUAUGUCAGACAUACAGGUUUGCCUAUAGAGAAAGUUCAGUCUUCAAUGGAACGUGAUUACUUUAUGUCUCCGACUGAAGCAAAGAGCUUUGGGUUGAUUGAUAAUGUUCUGGAGCACCCUCCGUCUCAUGCUAUGGAGCAGCAGUGUGCAGCUAACGCUGGAGUAGCCGGGGGUACAACACCACCGCUCAAUCCUGCUGCCGUUUAAUAAGGACUUCUUUCCCUACGUCAGCUGUACUUAGAAUGUUGGUGAACAUAGUGCUAAACUCUUGUGAUAAUUAAAGAGUACCUACUCAUUGUUAUGAUAGCAAAUUGUAUUUUUAUUUAAUAGCAAUAUUUUUGAAUCA